UGGGAUCAACUAUUGGGAGUUGAACGAAUCCUGUACACUGUAUGUAACAAUAACUCUAAUUUCGAAACAUCACCUAUUUUUGUACGUACAAAUAUGCAAGGUUUUGUUCGCUCAUUUAGACCAAACAUUAAUAUAGGAAAUCUGUGGAGUUUGUCUAUUACUCUAUUUCGGGUUACUGAUAGUGUUACCGAAAAAUUAAUUCAUAAUGCGUAUGCCACUUUUAACAACAACUUGGAUAUCCUUAACAAGGAAAAGCAAAAACUUGUUGAAACACAGUCAGAGUUAGGUACCAAUUAUGCCACUACUGGUUCCAUGCAUGUGCAUACGCAUGCAAAUAUUCGAAAACCGGAAAGUAAUACUUCAAUGCCCUUUGAUCGCUUACUGAGAUAUUCUAAACUAAUGCAUUUGGGAGAUUUUGAAGAUAAAGUGGUACUUGGCAAAAUUUUUAAAGUUGUCAACAACGAUUUAUACAUUGAUUUUGGCUGGAAGUUUCAUUGUGUUUGUCCGAAACCGAUAAAAAGUCACAGUGACUUUAUUAGAGGAGCUGAAGUUCGGUUGAGAAUCAAGAAUUUAGAGUUAUCAAGUCAAUUUUUGGGAGCCUCUAAAGAUGUCACAAUACUAGAAGCUGAUUGCAUGCUGUUAGGCUUAGUUUGGACUCCAAGUAAAAUAAAAAAAAUGAAAUAGAUUGUACUAUUAUGUCAGAGAAGUCUAACGUACGUAACGAGUUGUCUCAGAGAGUCUUAACCUGUUUCAAAAAUAAAUCAUUAUAACUCUCUAGAAA